AGCUACCUUCCCAUGUUAGCAAACAAUGAAAGUCCGGGCACGAUAUUGAACAUGAUGACCUGAGAUGAUAAACUAAUUGCAGUAGCACACAUCGCUCAAAGUCGGACACACCCUAGUCUCACGAGGCAGGGCAUCAUUCAAGACACCGCUUACUCACUGCGAAACCCUUUUCCAGCCCAUCUUUUGGCCUUCUGGUUGGGAAGAACAAAGCCUUGCAGACAAGGAGUGUCCCACCGCUUAUCUAUUGGUCUGGCUCCAAGAGUUCCCAGCCGAUCAUCAAUCAGGUUUCUUGAGCGGGAAACUAUUUCGGCCUCGAACGUCGUCAAAUCCUCGUUGCAGACGAGCUGUCGCAAUGCCGCCACCGGAACCAUUCACCGUCAUCACUCGAGUGCCGAUCCCGGCCUCUCUUCCGCCAAACGCUGUCCUUGCGGCCCUCAAGGCUUACGAACCCAUCAUCAAGCCAAACCCCUACCUCGAUCGAUACGAGCGGCGCUCUUUGGAGGCUGGGGAGGAGGAGAACGACCCCUUCUUCCGCGCUGAUGGGCAAAAUGCGCAGGCUUUCGUUGUUCACGAGCGCGUCCCCAUCAUCCCCGGAGUCGGUUCCUGGGCGACCAAACAAGUCACCAUUCCUUGCGUCUUUCAGAGUUUUGAACAUGGCGUCCGGUGCUGCGCCCAUGCCCAGGGAGGUGUUACGGUGCGGAGCAGCUACGAAGUGAGGCGGCGAGGCGAGGUGGCCGACGGCCCGGAGCCUGUUUCUGGACCGGGUGACGGCGAUUAUGAGCUGGUUGAUAUUUCGAGCAUCGAGUGCGGCGCCCUUAUAAAGCCGUUUGUCAAGAUGCGCUUCUCGAGCGCUCACCAAGCACUUCUGGAGCAAAUCAUCAAAGACCUUGCGGCGGCGCCGAACCGCUGGCCAGGGCAGCAGUAGCGCCGACACAGCACCGGCGAACCCCUAACCGCCAGCGAAGCAAAUGCCUUGUAUUCAUAGCGGAUUGGCGUCUCCGAACUAACGGAGGCAUCUAUCGUGCGUAUUUUCUUUGGAAGAUACCCUUUCAGCAUGGUUGUGCCUAUGUUUUACGUCUUUGGUUGCAAAGGGACAAGGACUGAACAAGUC